AAAAAAAAACAAAGCACCUUGGAUUAAGCAUUAAGCAAUUAACCACUCCUUGCAUUGUUUUUGACUGGGCAAGCACAGGCAGGGCAGGGCAGGGCAUAUUACUGGCCAAAUCCACCUUCUCUCUGGCAACCAAAUUGCUCCCUCUUUCUUCUUCUCCGAUUCUCUCUCUCUCUUCGUCCAUUUUUCUUUUGUCUUCUCUAUUCAAUCAUCUAUACAAUUAGGUAAAGAUUCAAAAUCGAACCAGACCGAUCCAUUUUCCAAAGGCGCUGGAUAUGUAAAUAUUUUGGAUGAGUGUUAGUUAGCUAUUUGUAAUGGAAGAGGAGGAAGAAAAGAAAGAAACUGGAGAAAUUUCUGGGAAGGAUCCAGGAAUUCCUGAGGUAGUUAGUGUUGUAGAAGGUAGUAUCGGAACUUCUCAUCUUGAAAAUGUAAAUCUCACUGGUAGUAGUGACAUGGAGAUAGGAAAUAACAAUGUAGUUUCCCAAGGGCUUAAUUCUGGAGCUACAGUUAUGGAUGAAGACCAGUUUGAACAGGUAUCUUUGAAGGAUCAGGAAAAGGCAGCUGCUGGGGUACAGAUUGGUCAUGCAGAUUCAAACCGAUCAUCCAAUUCAGAGCAUGAGACACAACUAUCUGAUGAAUUUUAUGAAGCCUCUAAAUAUUUAUCUGGGACUUUUAGGGCUGAGCUUGGUUCUCCUCCACUGACUGAAGUUCGACAUGAUCGCUCUAUAUCAAGCCCUGGGCCUGAGAGACAGUUUGGUUCUACAAUUAAACCAUCGUAUUCAUCAACCAGUCUUGAUUCUGCUUACUUCGGAGAUGUUGGUUUUUCUGCCUUUGGUUCACCGCCAAGGCCUAAGCCAAAAGCUGUUAUGCCAAAUGUGUCUCCAGAGUUAUUGCAUUUAGUGGAUUCUGCUAUCAUGGGAAAGCCUGAAAGCUUGGACAAGCUGAAGAACACUGUCAGUGGAGUUGAGAGUUUUGAAAAUGGGGAGGAAGCAGAGACCAUUGCUUAUUUGGUUGUUGAUUCGCUUCUGGCCACCAUGGGUGGAGUUGAGAGUUUUGAGGAUGGGGACAACAAUCCUCCUAGUGUGAUGCUGAACUCUCGGGCAGCGAUUGUGGCGGGUGAGCUCAUUCCCUGGCUUCCUUGGGUGGGCGAUAGUGAGAUUUACAUGUCCCCUAGGACGAGGAUGGUAAGGGGUUUACGUGCCAUAUUGCGGGCUUGCACAAGAAAUAGAGAGAUGUGCUCUAUGGCUGGUCUGUUAGGUGUUCUUUUGUGUUCAGCAGAGAAGAUCUUUGUUGAGGAUGUUGAUUCAACAAUGCAGUUGAGAUGGGAUGGAAGUCCUUUAUGCCACUGCAUUCAACACUUGGCAGGGCAUUCACUGAACGUUAUUGAUUUGCAUAGAUGGCUUCAAGUCAUUACAAGAACACUUGCCACUGCAUGGGCAUCUCGCUUAAUGCAUGCCCUGGAGAAGGCAAUGAGUGGAAAGGAGUCAAAGGGACCAGCAUUUACUUUUGAGUUUGAUGGUGAAAGCUCUGGUUUGCUUGGUCCAGGGGAGAGCCGUUGGCCAUUUACCAAUGGAUAUGCAUUUGCAACAUGGAUCUAUAUUGAAUCAUUUGCAGACACAUUGAACACGGCUACUGCAGCUGCUGCAAUUGCUGCAGCAGCAGCAGCCAAGUCAGGAAAAUCAUCUGCCAUGUCUGCUGCAGCUGCUGCCAGUGCGCUUGCUGGUGAAGGCACAGCCCACAUGCCACGACUUUUUAGUUUCUUAUCAGCUGAUAACCAUGGGGUAGAGGCAUACUUUCACGCACAGUUUUUGGUUGUUGAAAGUGGUAGUGGAAAGGGAAAGAAGGCUUCCUUGCAUUUUACUCAUGCAUUCAAGCCACAAUGUUGGUAUUUUAUUGGUUUGGAGCAUAUCUGCAAGCCGGGGCUACUAGGUAAAGCAGAGAGUGAAUUGAGAUUGUAUAUUGAUGGAUCAUUAUAUGAAACUCGCCCUUUUGAGUUCCCUCGGAUCUCUAAGCCACUUGCAUUUUGUUGCAUUGGGACAAACCCCCCUCCCACAAUUGCUGGUUUACAGCGUAGACGUCGUCAGUGCCCUCUGUUUGCUGAGAUGGGGCCUGUUUAUAUCUUUAAGGAGCCAAUUGGUCCAGAAAGGAUGGCACGUUUAGCAUCUAGAGGAGGGGAUGUGCUACCUACUUUUGGUAGUGGAGCAGGACUUCCUUGGCUUGCAACUAAUGACCAUGUUCGAACUAUGGCAAAGGAAAGUUCACUUCUGGAUGCUGAGAUUGGAGGGUGCAUUCACCUUCUCUAUCACCCCAGUUUGCUUAGUGGGCGUUUCUGUCCAGAUGCUUCCCCUUCAGGUUCUGCAGGCGUGCUGCGACGACCAGCUGAGGUACUUGGACAGGUCCAUGUUGCAAUUCGAAUGCGACCAGUGGAUGCUUUGUGGGCCUUGGCCUACGGAGGUCCUAUGUGUUUACUUCCUUUGGCAAUAAGCAAUGUGCAUAAAGAUAGUUUGGAACCAGAACAGGGAACCCUUCCUUUGUCUUUAGCCACAGCUACUCUGGCUGCCCCAGUAUUUCGAAUUAUUUCCAUAGCCAUUCAAAAUCCAAGAAACAAUAAAGAGUUGUGUCAAACUGGAGGACCUGAGAUUCUUUCAAAAAUCUUGAACUAUCUUCUUCAAACUUUGUCUUUGUUGGGUACUGAAAAACAUAAUGGCAUAGGAGAUGAGGAACUUGUUGCAGCUGUUGUCUCCUUAUGCCAAUCGCAGAAGCAUAAUCAUGCACUCAAAGUGCAACUUUUUAGUACACUGUUAUUGGAUCUCAAAAUUUGGAGCUUAUGCAACUAUGGACUGCAAAAGAAACUUCUAUCAUCACUAGCAGACAUGGUUUUCUCAGAGUCAUUGGUAAUGCGAGAUGCCAAUGCUAUUCAGAUGCUUCUUGAUGGCUGCAGAAGAUGCUAUUGGACAAUUCGUGAGAAGGACUCUGUGAAUACUUUUUCAAUGGAUGAGGCAGUACCUCCCAUGGGUGAAUUAAAUGCUCUGGUUGAUGAACUCUUAGUGAUCAUUGAACUUCUAAUAGGAGCAGCACCUCCUUCAUCAGCUGCUGAUGAUCUCCGCUGUCUACUUGGUUUUAUUGUUGAUUGCCCUCAACCAAAUCAGAUUGCCAGGGUGUUGCAUCUGAUAUACAGGCUCAUAGUACAGCCAAAUACAGCUAGGGCUCACACAUUUGCAGAGGCAUUCAUAACAUGUGGUGGGAUAGAAACACUUCUAGUUCUGCUGCAACGGGAAGCUAAAGCUGGUGAUCAUAGUAUUCCAGAAUUGGUGACAAAGAGUGAUGAUAGCUUGUCUGUUGAGGAAAGUGAACCAGAUGGAGGCAAUGAGGUUCCAGAAAAGAAUCAGAAUAAUGAAGCAAGGAAUUUUACUUCAAAUGAGAAGGAUUGUGAAUCUGAACCAUCUGAGGGUGGUGGCAGCCCUGCUGCUUCUUCCACUAGUAGAAGAAUUGAAAGGGUGUCAUCUGUGUCUGAAAAUCCUUAUAUUAAGAAUUUGGGCGGUAUCAGUCUUUCAAUUAGUGCUGAUAAUGCAAGAAAUAAUGUUUGCAAUGUUGACAAAAGUGAUGGUGUUAUUGUUGCAAUCAUUGGGCUACUAGGUGCUCUGGUAACAUCUGGACAUGUGAAAUUUGGUUUAUGCGCAUCCUCAGAUAUGUCAAGCAACUCUGUGGGUGGUGGACUGCAAGAAGGAGGUGGUUCAUUGUUUGAUGAUAAAGUUUCUCUUCUACUUUUUGCAUUGCAGAAGGCUUUCCAAGCAGCACCAAGGAGGCUUAUGACUACUAACAUAUACACAGCUUUAUUGGCAGCCUCGAUUAAUGCUUCUUCAGCAGAGGAUGGGCUGAACUUCUAUGAUUCUGGUCAUCGCUUUGAACAUUCACAAGUUUUGUUGGUUCUUUUGCAUUCACUGCCUUAUGCAUCUAGGGCUUUGCAAAGCAGGGCAUUGCAGGAUCUUCUGUUUUUGGCUUGCAGUCAUCCAGAAAACAGAAGCAGCCUGACAGAAAUGGAGGAGUGGCCGGAGUGGAUUCUAGAGGUUCUGAUCUCUAAUUAUGAGAAGGGUGUGAUGGUAGAUUCUAAUUUGGCAAGCUUAGGGGACAUUGAGGACCUCGUGCACAACUUCUUGAUUAUAAUGUUAGAGUAUUCAAUGCGCCAGAAGGAUGGUUGGAAGGAUAUUGAAGCAACAAUUCAUUGUGCAGAAUGGCUUUCUAUUGUGGGGGGAUCUAGCACAGGAGACCAGCGAGUUAGACGUGAAGAAUCGCUCCCUAUAUUUAAAAGAAGGCUUUUGAGUGGCUUAUUGGAUUUUGCUGCAAGAGAACUGCAGGUUCAGACUCAACUUAUUGCUGCAGCAGCUGCUGGUGUUGCGGCUGAGGGUUUAUCACCAAAAGAGGCUAAGGCAGAAGCAGAAAAUGCUGCUCAGCUUUCUGUGGCAUUGGUUGAAAAUGCUAUUGUCAUUUUAAUGCUUGUUGAAGAUCAUUUACGGUUACAGAGCAAGCUCUCUUGUGCGUCACGUGUUGUUGAUAGUUCCCCAUCUCCCCUAUCCCUUGUAUUUCCCCUGAAUAAUCGUUCAAGUUCAUUGACAUCAACUGGUCGGGAUUCAUUUGAAUCUCUAGGUGAUCGCAGAUCCAAUGACUCUGGGGGACUACCUCUUGGUGUCCUUGCUUCAAUGGCUGAUGCAAAUGGGCAAAUUUCAGCUGCUGUGAUGGAACGACUCACAGCAGCAGCAUCAGCUGAACCUUAUGAGUCUGUUUCUUGUGCUUUUGUAUCAUAUGGGAGCAUUUGUAUGGAUUUAUCUGAGGGUUGGAAAUAUAGGAGCAGGUUGUGGUAUGGUGUUGGCCUUCCUUCAAAAACAGCUGACUUUGGUGGUGGCGGAAGUGGCUGGGAAUCUUGGAGGUCUGCUUUGGAAAAAGAUGCAAAUGGAAACUGGAUUGAACUUCCUUUGGUGAAGAAGUCAGUUUCCAUGCUCCAAGCUUUACUGUUAGAUGAGUCUGGACUUGGUGGUGGUCUUGGUAUAGGUGGAGGAUCAGGAACUGGAAUGGGAGGAAUGGCAUUACUAUACCAGUUAUUGGACAGUGAUCAGCCAUUCUUAUGCAUGCUCCGUAUGGUUCUUCUGUCAAUGAGGGAGGAAGAUGAUGGUGAAACCAAUAUGCUCAUGAGGAAUGUAAGCAUAAAGGAUGGGGCGUCAGAAGGAACUAUGUCUGUGGAAAAUAUUGCUAGAAUGUCGAUGAGAGAACCAAGGUCAGCCUUGUUGUGGAGUGUACUUUCACCUGUUCUAAAUAUGCCCAUUUCUGAUUCAAAGAGACAGAGAGUUUUGGUUGCAUCUUGUGUUCUUUUUUCUGAGGUAUGGCAUGCUGUUAGCAGAGACAGAAAACCUAUUCGUAAACGCUACCUUGAGGCUAUUUUACCGCCUUUUGUUGCUGUGUUGCGGAGGUGGCGGCCACUUCUUGCUGGGAUUCAUGAGCUUGCUAUUGCUGAUGGUUUAAAUCCUCUUACUGUUGAUGAUCCUGCUUUAGCUGCAGAUGCACUUCCUUUAGAGGCUGCUCUCUCCAUGAUCUCUCCAGCUUGGGCAGCUGCAUUUGCUUCACCACCAGCUGCUAUGGCAUUGGCAAUGAUUGCUGCUGGUGCUGCAGGUGGGGAAACCUCAUCUCCAGCAACUAACACACAACUUAAGCGUGACUCUUCCUUGCUUGAGCGGAAAUCAUCUAGACUACAUACCUUUUCAAGCUUCCAAAAACCUUUAGAGAUGACCAACAAAACACCAAAUAUUCCAAAGGAUAAGGCUGCUGCAAAAGCUGCAGCAUUGGCAGCAGCACGUGAUCUGGAACGUAAUGCUAAGAUUGGUUCUGGAAGGGGCCUUAGUGCAGUUGCAAUGGCCACAUCUGCCCAGCGAAGAAAUGCAAGUGACAUGGAGCGUGUGAAGAGAUGGAAUACUACUGAAGCCAUGGGAGUUUCCUGGAUGGAAUGUAUGCAGCCAUUUGACACAAGAUCAGUCUAUGCGAAAGAUUUCAAUGCUCUAUCUUAUAAAUUUAUAGCAGUCCUUGUUGCAUGUUUUGCUUUAGCUAGAAACAUGCAGCGAUCAGAGGUUGAUAGGCGUGCUCAAGCCGAUGUAACAGCUCGACAUCAUUUAUCUAGUGGUAUUCGUGCAUGGCGGAAACUUAUCCGUUGCUUGAUAGAGAUGAAGUGUCUUUUUGGGCCACUUGGGGGCCACUUGUGCAGUCCCAAACGUGUCUUUUGGAAGCUAGACUUUAUGGAAAGUUCUUCAAGAAUGAGAAGAUUUUUGAAGAGGAAUUAUAGGGGGUCUGAUCAUUUUGGUGCUGCUGCUAAUUAUGAGGAUCAAAUUGAGAGGAAGAAUGAUCAAGGGAAUGUUCCUGUUCUGGCAGCAGAAGCAAUCUCAAUGGAGGGAAUAACUGAGGAUGAUGAACAUACAGAAAUUAAUGUUUUAGAUGGUAGCGCCUAUGAAACAGAACUGAGUGAAGUGAGCCAGCCAAGACCAUCAGGAGCAACUGAUGAAAACCUGGAGCCAUCUGCAGAAUCAGGUGAUGCUCAACAUGGUGGCGACCAAGAUUUAGAAAGUACAUCAGCAGUUGCACAAGGAUAUGUUCCUAGUGACCUUAAUGAAAGGAUUGUUCUUGAGCUUCCAUCAUCUAUGGUCCGGCCCUUAAUGGUUAUGCGAGGAACAUUUCAAGUAACAACUAGGAGAAUAAAUUUUAUAGUUGAUACCACUGAAAGCAACGCUGUGGAUGGAAUGGAAUCUUCUGAAUCAAGGGACGAAGAAAAAGAUCGCAGCUGGUUGAUGUCUUCCCUCCAUCAGAUUUAUAGCCGAAGAUAUCUUCUUAGAAGAAGUGCUCUGGAACUUUUUAUGGUUGACCGAUCAAAUUUCUUCUUUGAUUUUGGGAGUACUGAGGGGCGAAGAAAUGCUUAUCGAGCAAUUGUACAAUUACGUCCUCCUCAUUUGAACAAUAUUUAUCUAGCAACUCAGAGACCUGAACAACUUCUGAAGAGAACUCAACUUAUGGAACGCUGGGCUAGGUGGGAGAUCAGCAAUUUUGAAUAUCUAAUGCAGCUUAAUACUCUGGCUGGGCGUAGUUAUAAUGACAUAACUCAGUAUCCAGUCUUCCCUUGGAUUCUUUCUGAUUACUGUUCAAAGAGUUUGGAUCUUUCUGAUCCUUCUUCAUAUCGAGAUCUUUCAAAGCCUGUUGGUGCAUUGAAUCUUGAUCGGCUAAAAAAAUUUCAGGAGAGGUAUUCUAGCUUCGAUGAUCCUGUCAUCCCGAAGUUCCAUUAUGGUUCUCAUUACUCAAGUGCUGGGACAGUAUUAUAUUAUCUUGUUAGAGUAGAACCAUAUACAACUCUUUCAAUAAAACUGCAAGGUGGAAAAUUUGAUCAUGCAGACCGGAUGUUUUCAGAUAUUUCUGCUACUUGGAAUGGAGUUCUUGAGGACAUGAGUGAUGUGAAGGAACUGGUUCCUGAGUUGUUUUAUCUCCCUGAGAUCUUAACCAAUGAAAAUUCAGUUGACUUUGGCAUGACGCAAUUAGGAGAAAAGCUUAAUUCUGUCAAACUUCCUCCUUGGGCUGAAAACCCAGUUGAUUUCAUCCAUAAGCAUCGGAUGGCUCUUGAGAGUGAGCAUGUAUCUGAGCAUUUGCAUGAAUGGAUUGAUCUCAUAUUUGGGUAUAAGCAACGUGGUAAAGAAGCUAUACUGGCAAAUAAUGUUUUCUUUUACAUUACCUAUGAAGGGACAGUAGAUAUAGAUAAGAUCUCAGAUCCAGUACAACAACGAGCUACACAAGACCAGAUUGCAUACUUUGGACAGACCCCAUCCCAACUUCUGACUGUUCCUCACUUGAAGAAGAAGCCAUUAGCUGAUGUUCUCCAUUUGCAGACUAUAUUUCGAAACCCAAAAGAAGUCAAACCAUAUGCUGUUCCAGGCCCUGAGCGCUGCAAUCUACCUGCUGCUGCCAUUCAUGCACAUUUGGAUACCGUUAUAAUCGCUGAUAUAAAUGCACCAGCGGCACAUGUUGCACAGCAUAAGUGGCAACCCAACACCCCAGAUGGGCAGGGUGCACCUUUCCUUUUUCAACAUGGAAAAGCUGCAGCUAGUUCUGCCAGUGGAACAUUCAUGCGCAUAUUCAAAGGGCCAGCUGGGUCAGGUACUGAUGAGUGGCAUUUCCCCCAGGCAAUAGCAUUUGCUGCAUCUGGAAUCAGAAGUACAGCUGUUGUUUCCAUCACAAUAGAUAAAGAAAUCAUCACUGGUGGGCAUGUGGAUAAUAGUAUAAAGCUAGUGUCAUCAGAUGGAGCCAAAACCCUAGAAACAGCCAUUGGGCACUGUGCUCCUGUCACUUGCAUUGCUCUUUCCCCAGAUAGCAACUAUCUUGUCACAGGAUCACGGGACACUACUGUAUUACUCUGGAAGAUACAUAGGGCAUUUACAUCACAUUCGAGCAGUAUGUCAGAACCUUCCUCAGGUGCAGGCACUCCAACUUCAACCAGUAGUACUGCAGCAAAUGUCUUUGCAGACAAAAGCAGGAGGCAUCGUAUUGAGGGUCCAAUACAUGUCCUUCGGGGUCACCACAGAGAAAUACUAUGUUGUUGUGUCAGUUCAGAUCUUGGGAUUGUUGUUUCCUGCUCUCUUUCAUCUGAUGUUCUAUUGCAUUCUGUGAGAAGCGGUCGCUUGAUCAGAAGACUGGUUGAUAUUGAGGCCCAUGCUGUUAGCCUUUCAUCUGAGGGGGUUGUGUUGACUUGGAACAAAUCUCAACAUACUCUAUGUACCUUUACUCUUAAUGGGGUACCAAUUGCUAGAGCGCAACUUCCUUUCUCUAGCAUUGUCAGUUGCAUAGAAAUUUCUGUUGAUGGGAAGAGUGCUUUGAUUGGAAUGAACACGUGUAACUGUAAUAAUAAUUUCAGUAUAAAGAAACCAGGAGCUGAGGAUUUUGAACUGGAAUCCGAGAAAACUGGGGAGGAGAACAGAUUGGAUGUGCCUAGCCCCUCAGUAUGUUUCUUGGAUCUGCUUACGCUGAAGGUAUUUCAUGUAUUGAAGCUUGAAGAAGGCCAAGAUAUAACAGCUCUGGCUUUAAACAACGAUAACACAAAUCUGUUGGUGUCAACUGCAGAUAAGCAGUUGAUAAUCUUCACUGAUCCAGCUUUGAGCUUGAAAGUGGUAGAUCAAAUGCUCAAACUUGGUUGGGAAGGGGAAGGGCUGAGGCCCCUUAUAAAGUCAUAGGUUUAGGCCGCUGCGGUUUGAUUAGUUGAAGAAGGAUUACAGGAGAUGCGCAAUACUACCAGGACAUCAAUAGAAUGUACACGACGGAAUGGAUUACUCCAGUGCAGGUACCAAAUCAAUUGCUGAACUUACAGUUCACAGCGUGUGGGUGUAACAUAUGUAUUUGACCAGUGGAACAACAUUCUGUUCAUAAGUGUCUUGUUUCCACUGGUAGUUACGGUUUUUUAUUCAAUUGAGUUGUAGUUUGCGGCCAUUGAGAUUGAUGAUGCGAAUCUAAGCACUUGAGCUGUCCAUUUUUUGCCUUCAUUUUUUUUUUGUGUUUCUUUUUGAUAUAGUGAAUUUAGUCUUGUAGUAUAUCAUUUGUACAUGUAGUCGUUCCACCGUAUAAAAUUAAUUGUCUUGUACCAAAACUGAAUAUUUUUUUUUUUUAGAAUGUCAAAACUGAAUAUGUUCAAUUAGAACCAGCAGUUGCAAUUCAGAAUUUUAUACAA